AUGCGUACUUCUCACGGACUUUUGAGCUUGUAUGCUUUUUGUUCGUUGCUUCUAUUGCGUUUAUCUUUUGUCGCAGGCUCUGAUCCGUCUACUUCAACCUCACAACCUUCGAGCUCGCAUGCCGUACAACGUGCAACCAGCAACCGUCGCAAUGACAAUAUCAUGCCAAGCCAAGUUCGAUCGUACCAUCGUUAUGAAGCAUUACGACAUUUGCGACAAGGAGGACAAGGUGCAUAUAAAGCAAUCAAGAAAGGGAUACAGGCGUCUUUCACAUCAAUCUUUACGGGAUGCGUCUCAUAUGGAACUCCUGUAGCAGGUGUUCCUCAUGGUAUUCACAAUGCACGUAGUGGUUGUGCAGCUUGCACGAAUACAUCACACUUUCGCCCUCAUCCACCAAGGUCAUCACACAGUGCUUCAACGUCUACUUCAACACCACCAAUACCUAAUCAUAUGUCACGCACACCUUCUCCGCCUCGAUUGGUAGAUUGGGAAGUCAAGGUUGAUACGUAUAUGGCUGAAGCUGCUGAAGAUGGUUUACACGGAAUAGAUCAUGCGGCUGCAGCUGCCCAUACAGGACAUGAUGUUCAUCAUGUGGAAUGGAGAAAGGGCAUUGAAGCAAUAAGGAAUCGAGAACCGAUAAACGCUUUUCAUGCUUUUAAAAAUUCAAGAACUGCACUAAAAGAAGGAAUGGCAGGUUGUACAACAAUUUCGCUUUUUGCUUGUGCUCAUUAUCACAAAAAUGUUGCAAAAGCAAUUUUUGAAAAACCGACGCCAGAAAACGUAUUCCAUCAAAAGAUACAACAUAUACGUCAAAAUCGUCAACAGGCUUAUCAACACUUUGAUAGGCAAAUUCAAGCUAUAGAUCGACAAUCUAGUACUUCGAUACCAAGCCCAUCACAAAGAACUCCGACGCCUACUUCACCACAUCCACAGACUAUCUCUACACCGCCAGCACCUAAUCAUAUGUCACGCUCACCCUCCCCGCCUCGAUCGGUAGAUUGGGAGGAUCGAUUUCAUACGUAUAUGGACGAAGCUGUUGCACACAUCGAACACGGAAUACAUCAUGCCGGUACUGCUGCACGAACAGGACAUAACGUACAUCAUGCUGAAUGGAAAAAGGGUGUUGAAGCACUUAAGAAUGGUGAACCGUUGAAAGCUUUUCAUGCUUUUGGAAAUUCAAGAACUGCGUUAAAAGAAGGAAUGGUUGGUUGUACAGGGAUAUCGUGUUAUGCAUACAAGCAUUUUGCUACAAAUUGGGGGAAAGCUGCAACAGCAAUAUGUCGAAAACCUCCGACAGAAGAAGCGUUUCAUCGAAACAUGCAAGAGAUACGUCAACAGCGGCAACAAGCUUAUCAACACUUUGUUGGGCAAACCCAAGCUAUAGAUCGAUACUCCGGUGAUGAUAAGGUAUAA